GGCGCGGGCAGAGUCGGCGGCAUGUCCGGCAGAGGCAAGGGCGGGAAGGGGCUCGGCAAGGGGGGCGCCAAGCGCCACCGCAAGGUGCUGCGCGACAACAUCCAGGGCAUCACCAAGCCGGCCAUCCGCCGGCUGGCUCGGCGCGGCGGCGUGAAGCGCAUCUCGGGGCUCAUCUACGAGGAGACGCGCGGCGUGCUGAAGGUCUUCCUGGAGAACGUGAUCCGCGACGCCGUCACCUACACGGAGCACGCCAAGAGGAAGACGGUCACGGCCAUGGACGUGGUCUACGCCCUCAAGCGCCAGGGACGCACCCUCUACGGCUUCGGCGGCUAAAGCUUUCCGCCCCCGGACCAUCUCGAGAACCCAAAGGCUCUUCUAAGAGCCACCCGCUUCCUCCGAAGAAGAGCUGUGACAUUCUUUUCUCUGUAAGGAUAUCUGGAAUAUUUGCUAUCUAAUUUCUAAAACUUAGUAACACUGGCGGCUAUGGAACACUGCUAAAAGGUGUUAUGAUUAGAUAAGUGCGAUCUAACGUUUUAAUUCGCUGUUACUGGCGAAGUUGUCUUUGCUGUGUAAAAGAAGCGCUUUUUUUCUCUGUACUCCUUAAAUUUCCUUGCAAAUGUUGUACCCCACUAAAAAGUCAUUUCAAGUGCUUUUAGAAGUUAAAACAAUGUUUUCUAUACCUUUUUUUAAUCUUCGCCGAUUUAAACAUAAUUAUCUGGAACAUUGUUCAAUGCCUUGUACUUGGAAAUUUUCAUUUAACUGAGAGUAGAUAAUCCACUGCAAGAGAGAAAGGGAAACCAAUUCAGCACCUAGGGAAAGGUAUACAAGUUGUUCUGAGAUGAACGUUUUAUUUCCGAUAUUUCUAAAUAAACUUUUUUCCU